AUUGGUCAUUCCGUUUUCCGUUCCUAUUAAUCGCGUGGCAGCGCGCCCAAAAUAAGAGUGACGUACUGAGUGCAUCGGCAUUGAGCUCUGAGCCGAGCCGAGUAACUGUCAAAUCAUAUUUUUCAGGAUUAUAUCCACUGAAAGCUCAACCACAUUAGUCAAAAUGAGACAUUAAAGCCAUCAACCCCAGGUUUCCAUGGCCACAGAGGAGAACAAGCUUCCUGGGUUCUCGCGACAGAACUCUGAGCCCAUGAGGUCAUGGGAGCUGGAAUCCUUUCUGACCAGUCGUACUCUGCACUUUGUGUUGAGGUUAGAGCAGCAGUUCGUUUGCCCGUCCUGCGGUGGGAUCGUCCUGAACCCUCACCAGACGGGCUGUGGGCACAUUUUCUGUGCUCAGUGCGUAAAGGCAUACAUUGAAAAUGGGGGAAGUUCGAAAUGUCCUUUAGACAACGUUCCUAUAAAACCUGAGGAGGUUUUUCAAGACAACUGCUGUAAAAGGGAACUGCUAAACUUAGAGGUCUACUGCACCAACGCCCCAGACUGUAAGCAGAGGGCUACUUUAUGUAACCUCCAGGAUCAUCUGAAAGUUUGCCAGUAUGAGCGUAUUAGAUGUUCCAACUCAGGGUGCAACGACACUGUGUUACGCAAAAACCUAAUGGACCACCAGAGGAAUGUCUGUUCCUUCCGCCUGGAAUCCUGCCACCACUGCAAGCAGUCUUUUCCCGUAUCUCAACUGCUGGCCCAUCAGAAAACUUCAUGCCCGGAAGUUGAAGUCCCCUGUUCCAACAAGUGUCUGCAGAUGAUCAAAAGACACAAGCUGCAAGCACAUGCUGAUGAGUGUCCUGAAGUGGAGACGGACUGCAUUUAUAAGAACUAUGGCUGCACAGUCAGAGAUAAAAGAGGAAAAGUGCAAGUUCAUGAAAACACAGAGUUCAGUUCCCAUGUUCGACUUGUCCUGGAAAGUAACACAAAACUUGAAAAACAGGUGGAACAGUUGCAGCAGGAUAUGCUUGUCCAACAGGGGGAGCUGAAGGACAAAAGUCUUGUGGUCAGCAGUCUGGACAGAGAUGUCACCUUGUGUGACAACACACUUACUACCUUACAGAGGUCUGUGGAGGAGCAGAGAGUGCGGAUCUGCAGUGUGCAGCGAGAACUACGGGAUUUGCGGGGUGUUCUAGGGUCUGAAUUAAGCGAAGAGCUCCCGAGCCUUCGGGCAUCACUGGACUCCCUCAGACAGCAGGUGGCUGUCACAGAAAGCCUCAGGGAACAUCUGGGUGCGUUAGAGCAGACGUGUCAACGUCAUACACGUUUGUUAGACAUCCACGUGGAACAGCUGCAGUGUAAUGAGCAGCGUUUCCGCCAGCUUGAAUCCACCUCCUAUGAUGGGAAGCUCAUCUGGAAAGUGCGUGACUACUGGCACCGAAAAGAAGCCGGCACCCCACUCAACUCCACCCCCUUCUACACCAGUCGUAACGGCUACAAGCUUAGUGUGCGGGCUUACCUUGGUGGGGACAACUCAGGGAGAGGCACCCACAUGUCGCUCUAUAUCACAAUAAUGCGCGGAGACUUCGACUCCCUCUUACCGUGGCCGUUCCGUCAGAACAUAACGUUAACAUUGCUGGAUCAAAGCGGCACUAGGAACCACUUGAGCAGUACUUUCACACCUGAUGCAGGCAGCGAUAGCUUUCGUCGGCCAACGUCUGAUGCUAAUGUGGCCACAGGAUUCCCACGAUUUAUAUCCCACAGUGAUCUGGAGAUCCCUCGGAAUGCCGUUUAUAUGAGAGAUGACACGCUGUUCAUCAAAGUAAAGGUGGACACAACUGGAUUGGAGGACUUGUAGCACUCCCAAAACAGUAUCCAGGAGUCACUAUAGCAGGGUUCCACAAAUCCUGCCCUGCAGAGCUUAGCUCAAACCCUAAACAAACUCACCUACCUGUAACUCUGAAGAUGUUGAGGUGUCUUUGAUUAGGGUUGGAGCUAAACUCUGCCCUCCAGGACUGGAUUUGAGGAACCCUGCACUAUAGUGUCACAUUUGUUGUAGUAACACUGGUUAUGUUUACAUGCACAGAUUUGAAUUAGUCUGAAUCAUUUCAAAUCAUCUGAAGGUUCUGAAUGUACUGCUCAUAUGUGCCAUAUUUAUGAAAAUAUCAGUUUGAAUGAAAAAAAAUCUGCGCAUGAGAAGAGUGUCAAGUGUUAUCAGAUGGUUUAAAUCAUAAGUGUUUAUGCAGUUACAAUGGCUACUGGUUAUUUUCAGCCAAGAUCCGUUUGUGCGGCAUGGGUCAGUGCCACUGACCCACGCCGAAAGAUCAUCUUGUCAUAGUGAGUGGUGCAAAUGGUAGCGCAACAUGUUUGGGGACCUGGUUUUGUUUCCUACCUGGGUCAUAUCUUGAUCUCCUAUCCCCAUCACCCUACCCCCCAUGUUUUUCUGUCUGUACAACUUAAAAAUUAAAUGUAUGCACUGAUGAACCAUUCAGUAAGAUCAAUAACAUGUAUUUAGAAAAUGGGUUGAAUUUAUUAUUAUUAUUAUUUUUUUUUUUUUACUUGCUUUUCCCACCCUCUUUUGCGGCCAAAAGACAGCAAUGCUGUACGUUAUUGUUUCUGACUUACCAUUUGAGAUAAUAAAGAAAAUCUGGACUCUUCAAA